ACAACAACUUAGCUGAAUCACGUUAAAGUUUGGUGGUUGAACUUUAGAAAAAGCUGAAUCAAUUGAAUGGGUUGUAUUUGUUCAACUUCAUCUUCAGAGAAAGUUAAAACGCAAGGUUAUGAGGAUCCAACGGUUCUUGCUUCGGAGACACCUUGUGAGUAUCCAUCAUCAUCAAUAACUGUUACUGUGAGUGAAGUUGAUGCAUUAUAUGAACUGUAUUUGAAGUUAAGCAAUUCUAUUAUUGAAGAUGGUCUUAUUCAUAAGGAAGAAUUUCAGCUAGCACUGUUCAGAAAUAAAAAUGAAAAAAAUCUGUUUGCUGACAGGAUUUUUGACCUAUUUGAUGUAAAGCGCAACGGGGUUAUAGAGUUUGGCGAAUUCGUUAGAUCUCUCGGUGUUUUUCACCCAAACGCAGCUUUAGAAGACAAAAUUGCAUUUGCUUUUAGAUUGUAUGAUUUGAGACAAACAGGGUACAUUGAAAAACAGGAGUUAAAGGAAAUGGUGUUGGCACUUUUGCAUGAAUCAGAUCUUUAUCUUUCAGAUGAGAUGAUAGAAUCCAUUGUGGAUAAAACAUUUGAAGAUGCUGAUACAAAAGAGGAUGGAAGGAUUGAUGAAGAUGAAUGGAAAGCUUUUGUUUCUCAACAUCCAUCUUUGAUUAAGAACAUGACUCUUCCAUAUUUAAAGGAUAUUACUUUGGCAUUUCCCAGUUUCAUUGCAAGAACUGAAGUUGAAGACUCAGAGGUGUGAAUAAUUUAGGACUUUUUCUGUUUAUUCACACUUGUUAAUUGUUGUUUCUAGUGCAAGUUUAGCUUUUAUACAUUUCGGUAUUUAUUAUGUAAAUAUCUAUACACGAGAGAUAGUACUGGACCAAGUAAUGUAACUUGGCCAUUUUUAAACUUAGGAGUUUAGAGAUGUGAGUUAGUUUUGCUGGUAAGAUACUAUUAAUUAUGCUUAUAAAAAAAGUUUGUUGUUCAAAUAACCAUAAAUAACAAUAAGAUUACUGUGUCUCAGUUGUUUA